CUUCCUCCCCUUUCCUCUCCUUUUAUUUUGUUCUUCACAGAGAAGAUUAGGGUUUUGAGUGGAGAAAAAUUAAAUACUAAAUGGAAAUUGCAGAGAAGAAGGAAUCAGAUAAUGACACUCAAUCAGUUGCUGAUUCGGUGGGUAACAAUAACAACAAAGACGCCGAAGAACGCCUUGCUCGUGACCUCAAAACCAGUCUUCAUCCUCUGAAGAACAAGUUUGUCUUUUGGUACACUCGUCGAACACCCGGGGUUCGAACUCAAACUUCAUAUGAAGACAACAUAAAGAAAAUUGUGGAUUUUAGCACGGUUGAAGGCUUUUGGGUCUGCUAUUGCCACUUGGCUCGUCCUUCUUCCUUGCCAAGUCCUACUGAUUUGCAUCUUUUCAAGGAAGGAAUUCGCCCGCUGUGGGAGGACUCUGCUAACUGCAAUGGUGGGAAGUGGAUAAUAAGGUUCAAGAAGGUUGUUUCGGGUCGAUUUUGGGAAGACCUGGUUCUGGCUUUGGUAGGUGACCAACUUGACUAUGGUGAUAACAUAUGUGGCGCUGUCCUAAGCAUUCGGUUUAAUGAAGAUAUACUGAGUGUGUGGAACCGCAAUGCUUCUGAUCAUCAGGCUGUGAUGGCGCUAAGAGAUUCAAUUAAACGUCACUUAAAGCUUCCCCACAGCUAUGUAAUGGAAUACAAGCCCCAUGAUGCUUCUCUGCGUGACAACUCGUCGUAUAGAAACACAUGGUUGAGAGGCUAGAGACACAUUAGUUUCUUCACUGCCCUUGCGGAGAAAGAAUAGCAAGUCUAGGGAGAUAUCUGUUCAUUCAGCGAUCACAAUCCAUUAUCUUGUAUUGUGACCUCAGAAUCAUGUGGGUUGUCCUGACAUCUGGAAAUCUUGAAAUCAAACUAACUGUAGGACGACACCACGUAAAACCGAGGUUAAUUCUAUCAAUGCAAUACUGAAUAUUGUCUUUUCAUUUUUGGAUUUUUAGUUGUUGCAUAUACUGUUAGACCUUGGUGCAGCUUUUUCUGUAGAUAUAAUGUUUCUUUAAUCUCAUGGUCUGAGUGCAGUUUCAUUUAUUGGUAA